ACACUAACAAUAGCCUAUCGAUGCUGAAACAUGACCCAGGGUAGCAUGAGAAGAAGGCUACCCUAAUAGGCUAACUGCUCAGUGUAGGCCUCUCAGGUAGGCUAGAACAUCAUCAAAUAUAGCUCGCACGUGAGGCACAGAAUGGCUGCGCUUAAGACGGUGCUGGAGCUCAAACUACAAUUGAAAUCAUCUGAACCAAAAACGGUUCUUAAAACUUUAAAGAAACUUCAGGGAUUGGACAUUACCAUCGAAAUACUGGCAGAAACAGGCAUUGGAAAACUUGUUAAUUCAUUCCGUAAACACAAUGAGGCUGGAGAGGUGGCCAGAACUCUAGUUACUCAGUGGAAGAAACUGAUUCCUAAGGAGAGCCCAAGUAAAGCAAAAGACAAAGACUCCGAAAAGAAAUCAUCAAGUGUUGAAGCAACAGAGAAAACGGUAGAGCCUGAGCAAACGGAGCAGCCUGAGCAGCAAAAUGAUGAGAUUGAACCCGACAUCCAGAAGAAUUCUGAAGCCAGGCUCUCCGAUAAGUCUGUGGGUCAAAUUACUGAAUUUCCAAAUAACAAUACUGGGGCUAAAGGAACCAGUGCAAAAGACCUUAUUGAUUCAAAACCAUUAAAGAGGACUACGCACAAAGAACCAAAGAUGCCUGCAUCAAAUCCUGAGAGAAAAAAUGACGUGCUUCAUUCUAAAGGACACACGAGAACGGAAAAGGUUCCAAAUGACUCCAAAAGGCAGACAGAUACCUCUAAAAAGAACAACAACAACAAUGCAAAAGAGACCAAAAACAAAAAGAACAAAACAAAGAGGAGUGCAGAGAAAGUUGUUGAGAAACAUGUUGAGAUAAAGAAUAAGGAAAAGGUUAAGGACCCUGAAACUCAAGGAAUGUCCUUUGAGGCGUUCCUGAGCUACGACAUGGUGUCAACAAAAAGGAAAAGGUCGUCUGAUGUCAAGAAAAAACCUUCAAAGCGACCCAAAAUUAUUAAAAGUGAUGACAUGGUCAAAACUCCGAGUAUCAAAUUGCACACAGAAUGCACAGAACAACCUUCAAAAAUGGGAACAAGUAAGAAUAAAAUAUUGGACUUGCUGAAUAUUCCAUUGCCACUCACCCUACCCAAGUGUGAUGACUUAUCGAAUUACCACUACUUUGAGGAGAAGAACCCGGUUGCUGAUACUGAGACUUACACAGAAGAGGAGGCCUCAGUGUUCACAGGCCAGAGGUCGAAAAAGAAGAUGCAGGUGUAUUCUGGGACUAAGAGCUCCUCACUGCCCGCCAUGAUGUCCUUGUACCAGCAAUGCCUCCGUGCUCUACAAAACAACAUUGACUGGCUUUAUGAGGUUGGUGGUGUGCCAUUUGAAAUCUUGGAGCCAGUGUUGGAGCGUUGCACACCAGAGCAGCUGGCUCGGAUUGAAGAGUUUAACCCUGUGUACAUAGGAGUGACCGACCACCUCUGGGAGAGGCACUGCCAGAGGGACUUCCGGAGUGCCCAGCUGCAGGAAUACGAGUCCUGGAGGGAGAUGUUCUUCCGGCUGUCCGAGGAGAGGGAGCGGAAACUGGCCAGUCUCACCAAGAGCAUAGUCUCGGCUCAUUCACAGAAGCCCAGAGGCCGUCAGGUUAAGAUGGCGUUUAUUAACUGUGCUGCCAAGCCACCCAGAAAUGUGAGGGUGCAGCAGGAGCUCUAUGGCACUGCCGGACCUACACUGCAGCCACAUCCUCUGGAUAGACCCAGGGCGCAGUGCCAGGAGAGCAAAGUGAAACCGGUCUGCCGAGAGUAUCCCAGGCCUGGCACCAAUAAUGCCGGCACCAGCCAAGCUCAAGACCCCCGCAAAAUUAAAAGAGUGGCACCGAUGAUGGCAAAGUCUCUGAAAGCCUUCAAAGAACAGCGACGACGUCGAUGAACUGUAAGGAAAAGAUGUGUAUAGUUGAAAAUCUGUAUUUAUGGGUGACUAGCCUGCUCCCUGUUUGUUCAGUUGUAUAUUUGUAAAUCUGACGCACAGCUAGAUGGCAUUUCACCAUUUUUUUUUUUUUAAGUCCUCCAUAGAACUGUUGUUAUCUGAGUGACUUCUAGCAUAUUAAUUAUAAUUGACAAAUCAUCCAUGUAUUCAUUAUGUCAUAUCAAGCACUAUGAAUGAAUUUUCUGAUUAAAUGCUGUACCAAUCACAA